AUGGCAACCAGGGGAGGACGCGGCGGCAAGGGAGGGCAGCCGUUCGAGCCCGGGCAACCGGGGCAUAUGUUUACUUUCGGUGGCCCUCACGGCGGCGACGGCGGCACAGGGGGCACCGGCGGCGUUCUCGGCAUCGGAGGCCGCGGUGGCGACGGCGGCCUAGGAGGCAACGGAGGCCGCGCCGGCAACGGAGGUGAAGGCGGACCCGGCCAACCGGGCGGGGACGGCGGCCGCGGCGGGGACGGUGGGCCCCCCGGGGCCAACGGGUACGGCGGGCGCGGCGGGGACGGCGGGCCAAGCGGUCCCCCGUUGUCAACUGCGCCCUCACCGCUGCAGCUGCGUAAACGACGUGGUGGGCCGAGCGGAGGACGCGGCGUCGGCAUGUUCGGCCAGCCGGGUGAGCCCGGCCAACCGGGCCAGGUCGGCGGUAGCGGCGGCACGGGAGGACGCGGCGGCAGGGGAGGACGGCCGGGCGAGCCCGGCCAACCGGGCCAGGGCGGCGGCCGCGGCGGUAGGGGAGGACGCGGCGACAGGGGAGGACGGCCGGGCGGUGUCCCCGGCGCCCGCGGCGGCGCCGGAGGUAGAGGCGGGACCGCCGGGCCCGACGGGCGGGAAGGAAAAGGCGGGCGCGGCGGGGACGGCGGGCCCGGCGGGCACGGCGGACCCGGCGGAGCCUCGUCACGUAAACGGCGUCAUGGGCGGAGCAGAGCCAAUCUGCAUAGGCAGGAGGAGGAGAGGGAGCAGCUUGACCAAACAUUUGUUACUUCGGUGUGA